AUGCGUUUCAGCAAAACAUUCUUCGCCCUUGUUGCAGCUAUUAGCGGAGCUGCUGCUUUUGACGGAGAUGCUACCUUCUUCUUCCCUGGACUCGGUGCUUGCGGCCUAGUUAACUCCGACAGCGAUUUCAUUGUGGCAUUAUCCACUACUCAAUUCCAAAGCGGCGCCAAGUGCGGCACUGUAAUACCCGAUGAAGUCAAUGGCCAAACCGUCAUGGCUCAAGUCGUCGACCUUUGUCCAGGUUGCGCGGCCAACGAUGUUGAUCUGUCCCCCGCAGCAUUCAGUGGCCUCGCCAGCACGGAUCUGGGUCGUAUCCAGGUUUCCUGGGACUUCGUCUAA